UCGAGGAAAACGAAGGAUUGAUGGAGAGUCCGAGAUUGUUGUUGUUCUUCUACUGCAUGGGGGCUCAGAUCCCAAGCUGUUGCUCCUGAGUUGUGCCCUGUCUGCGUUGCCCCAUCUCCAGCAUUGCACAAUCUAUCAUGAAUACUCGAAGGGAUUACAGAGCAACGCGGAGCCAAUUGUUCGAUUCCUUGGAAGAUGGCGGUCUUCGAUCGUCAGCCCCGUAUGCGUCCACCGCUGAGAUCGCGGAGCAGGAGAAUGAUCGAAGUUUAGGGGAGCUUCAUGAUCGCGUGAAUAUUCUGAAGCGGUUGACAGGGGAUAUCCAUGAAGAGGUGGAGAGUCACAACAAGCUACUGGAGGGGAUGGGAAAUGCCAUGGAUGUAUCGAGAUCGUUGAUGGCUGGAACUAUGGAUCGCUUCACAAGGGCUUUUGAGACGAAAUCAUCUCGCAAUUUAGCAACGAUUGUUGUGUCCUGCGUGGUGAUCUUCCUACUUGUGUAUUAUUUAACAAAAUCGUGAGGAACUUGCAUCAAUUUCCUGAUACAUCGCAAUCUAUGCUUGAGCAUGAAGCGGAGCUUUGGACUUUAGCUACCUCACUUGAAUCCGCUGACAUAGGAUACUGCACGGAGAGCGCGAGCGAGACAAUGGACUGUGCACCUAAACUUCCGAAACGCAGUCAGCGCUGAAGAUAAGGGCAUGCUUUCGCCCAUGCAUGGUUUUGAAACAAAGAUUCGUCGAUGAAAAGGUCUUUCCCUGUAGCAAUUUCUGACUGUUACCUGUGUUUCGCUCUAAUUAAACCUUAUUGAUUGAGGUUGUCAAUUGCAGUAAAGGGCCUCACUCUGUGAUCUGUCUUUCAA